GUUGUAUUACGCGGGUUUUAUGGACCGAGUGUCCGUAUUUGCACAUGACUUCAGUGCAUGAACAAGAAUAAGAGUGCAAUGAAUGAAAGCUUCGGAAACCAACCUUCAUUUGUUUCGUGUUAUUGUUCACCUCUUAACCGCUGCCCACAUUCCAGUUCUGUCUGUGUAUCUUCAACAGGAUGUUUCCAUUCGCUCAAUUUAGAUUUGUCGUUGACAUUAGUUAAUGACGAGUCGUAUGGUUGUUUUGCAAAUCACACUAAUCAAGUGGAUUUACUCUGUCGGAAUUCGAAAGUUGGUAGACAACUGUUAUAUUGUUGCUCUGCAAACGAUGGAGACUUUUGCAACCGAAAUUCUAGUUUACUCGGAUUAAUCGAACCUACUUAUCUAGAUUCGAAUGGUCUCACUUGGAAAAACAUUUUAACGGCAGUUUUGCUCCCUAUCUUUGCACUAUUCUGUGGUCUUGUGGCUAUUUUGUUGCUAUGGGAAUGUUUUUUGAAGAGGAGAAUCAUGAAAUACGAUCGCUACACCAACGAACUCGGCUUUAAACGUGCUAGCUUCAUCACAGACAACCCAAACUACUCAGCAAAAUCCAAUGAGCAGCAUUUUUAUGAUCCAAAGUUAUCACUGAGUGGUGGAGGCACUAAGGAUAAGAAGCCAAAAUCUAACAAUAUGAUUAAUUCUAAGCCUUCUUGUGAGCUUCUUAGUUGUACCAGUGGGAGUGGGAGUGGUCUUCCAUUCCUUGUUCAGCGAACCGUGGCACGUCAUAUCAGAUUGGCUGUUUGCAUCGGAAAGGGGCGGUUUGGUGAAGUUUGGAAGGCUACGUGUCAAGGUGAAACGGUUGCUGUCAAAAUAUUUUCCAGCCGUGAUGAAGCUAGUUGGGCCCGUGAGACAGAAGUCUACAACACUGGGCUGUUACGUCAUCCUAAUCUGCUGGCAUAUUAUGCAAGUGACAUGAUAUCAAGAGGCGGUUGUACUCAGCUUUGGUUAAUCACAGCUUAUCACGCCAACGGGUCACUACACGAUUUUCUUAGCAACAGAUCACUAAGACUUCAUGAAGGUCUACGUUUGGCUAGUUCUAUAGCGGCAGGUUUGGCUUUUUUGCAUACAGAAAUAAAAGGACUACAUGCCAAGCCAGCCAUUGCGCACCGUGAUCUCAAAUCAAAGAAUGUGCUUGUUAUGCAUGACAUGUCAGCGUGCAUCGCCGACCUGGGUCUUGCUUUAGUAAAUUUACAAAGUAUGUCUGUUGGAUUAGCGUCGGCUAAUUCAUCCUCAGUUUUGUACAGUGGUGUUAUGUCCAGUAGUGUAACGCAGUCAGACAGGUUGUGCAGCGGCUUCUCAGGCCCUUCUUCAUUGGGUCCUCCUCCUGCAGGACCAAGAGUUGGCACCAAACGUUAUAUGGCACCAGAGUUGCUCAUGGCUGUUGAUACAUCGCACACACCAUCAAACUGUGUUGACCAUACUCUAUGUAUAUCCAAUGAGAAUGCAGAUAAUGCAAACAAGUGCAACUAUCUGCCAUUUGAAGUUUACCAAGCUGCAGACAUUUAUGCAAUGGCCUUAGUAUUUUGGGAAUUGGCACGCUGCACUAAAGGAGCAGCAUCUGAAUUUGUUGAAGGAUACCAGAUACCAUUUUACGACAUGGUCCCAUCUGAUCCGACCUUCUCACAGAUGAGGAAUAUUGUUUGUGGAGACAGUGCGACGGUACAUGGGACAGUUGAACAGUUGGAUCAAGUUAACGAAGCUACCACAAAGAUAAAAAGUAGGCUUUCCAAGACAAGCGCAGAUUACGAUGAAGCGCAGUGUAGACCUCGCAUUUAUCAGCGUUGGUUAGAUGAUGCUUAUUUAUGUCGUUACACACAAGUCAUACAAGAAUGCUGGCACGACGAUUGGUCUGUACGUCUUUCUGCUCUUCGUGUUCGGAAACGUUUAGAACAGAUUGAAGUUGCGGUGAAGCAAUCAUUGUUUAAGAAGAACAACGAGGAUCACAUUCCUUCCAAUUUAAAUGAGUUAUCAGUUCUCUUGACUGGUGACACUGAAGUGCUCUCUUUAUGCUAUCCCUUCUAUCCACAGUGACUUUGAAUUCUGCCUUUAUGACGUGCAUUUAUUUCUGUCUCUUAUGACUUUCUAAAUAUUGUCAUUUUAUAACUAAUUCUUUAAUCAUGUAAUUUUUGCGAGCAAUAUGCUGUUUUUUUAGUUGAUUUUGCGAAUUUCGUUGUGUAUUUGUAUAUGCAGAAUUCAUCCCAGUUGCGAACUUAGUUUCCCACAAGUUCCUUUUGGUUGGGUUUAUGCGCAUAUGGGUACUUAGACCUGUUGACAAGAAAGUUUGCCAUUGAAUUUUCUUCCGUAAAUAUCCUAGCAUUAGAUAACUGAGGUGAUAUCUUCCACAAGCUGGCAAUAUUCAUUUCGUUUUACUGAGCUGUCAUUACUUCUUUCAUUUGGUUAGUUGGACUGGUUAUAAGAAAUUUUUGUGAUCU